AUGGAGAUUAAGAAACCAACAGCACUAGUGACGGGCUGCAGCGAGGGCGGCAUCGGCUUCGGGCUUGUCCGUGAACUUGCCCGGCGCGGCGUCCACGUCUUUGCGUCUGCCCGCAGCUUGAGCAAGAUGGCCGCGCUGGAGAAGACCCCAGGCAUCACGCUCGUUACACUCGAUGUCACCAGCGAGAGCUCUAUCGAGGCGGCCGUAGCGCUCAUCUCGGCGACGACGGGCGGCUCGCUAACCUACCUGGUCAACAAUGCCGGCACGCAAAUCAUCCGACCUUUUCUCGACACGUCCUUGGCCGAGGUUAGAAAAAUGUUUGAUGUCAAUGUCUUUGGCGUGGCAGCCGGCACGCAGGCAUUCGCCCCAUUGCUCAUCAAGGCCGGAGGCACCGUGGUCAACCUCGCGUCCAUCACUGCCUACAUGUGCCCACCAUACAUGGGCGGGUACUCGGCGUCCAAGGCGGCGUGCGAGGUGCUCAGCGAGGUGAUGCGGCACGAGCUGAAACCCCUCGGCGUCAAAGUGCUCACCGUCAUCACGGGCGCCGUCAAGACCAACAUCUUUGUCAACGCCCCUGACCGCGGGAGCCAGGGGCAGCUGCCGGGCGGGUCGCACUACCUCGCUGCGGCGGCGGAGGUGCGCGCGCGCGCCACGGGUACAGAGGUCGAGGCACGGCUUGGGUCCGUCGAGGACUUUGCUCGCGAGCUGGUGGAGGCCAUGGUGCGCGGCAAGAGCGGUCUGGUCAAGAUUGGCAACAUGUCUGCGAUUAUCCCGUUCUUGUCCUCGAAUGCGCCGGCGGCUUUGUUUGACUAUCUUGCCGAAAGAGACACGGGCUUAGACAAGGUGCUGAAACCAGUUGCUUGA